AUAAUGCAAGAUCGAGAUGACUUCUAAGGGUCCGAAUCAGAAAUCGGAAGAAAAUAGGAGGAGAUAUUGUUCAAAUGCAUACGUAUAUUCAUAGCAUUGUCGAUCUAUUUAAUGUUGUAAAUCAUCGCGAUUCGGAUUGAAUAUUAGAUCAAAUGGAUUAUUAUUGGACUCAUAUUUUUCCUAUGCGAUUCCGUCGUUUGGAUCUUAAGCAGCAAAUGGCUAUGUAUUUAAUAAUUAUUUUACUAGAUUAAUAGUAAUACCCAAGAAUCGCCAAAGUAUUUUUAGCAAUAGCUCAAAAUUCUACUCUGGGAUUAUUGCCUAUUUUUAUGAUCCUACUCUGUUUGUAACUCGACGGAUUCAUAAACUAGAAUCCCAUACUAAUUUUUUUGCCACUCUUUGUAUGGAAGAUUUUAUUAUUGUCCUUCCUCAUUUUCAUCAUACCUGGAUUAUGCGAUGAUAAUUACGGAUCCAAAAAAUGGGUAGCAGUCAUCAUUAUUUAUUACGUUUCCCUCAUUUACACUGAAAUUACAGCAUUAAUUUAGUUACAAUAGCAUUUUAAUUGGUUUUGGGUUACUUCAUUAUUGCUAUUUGCCAUAUCCUACAAUAUCGUAACACUCAUCACAGAUUGUGCCACUUCUAUAAUAUGGCCAUGCGUUAUUUUAGUAUGUUUCAUUUAUUGUUUAACACAAUUAACAAUUAUUUUAAAUGAUAUCACCAAUGACUAAUAACCAUCAAAAUCUAUCUAAUAUUAAGCAGUUAUGCCAAUCCUAAUAAUUAGUCUAAUUAAUUUAAUCAAAUAAAUAAUUGUGUGA